GGGCGCCGGGCGGCCUGGCCUGGCUGGGGACCGCGGCGGGCUCCGGGACCUGGAGGGGGACUCUUGGGCCGACCCGGGGCAGCAUGUGACUCCGACCAGGAUUCAGCCCUGAUGGAGGCUGAGGAGCCUGAACAUGAAGCAUCUACACCCAUUCCUGCCGAUGAACAGUUUAGAGCUAUCCCUGAAGCUAUCAUGAGGAGCAGUCAGAUCCCUGCCUUGAAUCCUGAAGCUCAAGAAGGCCAAGACCCAUCCUAUAAAUGGACAGAUGGACACAGACCCUUGAUGAAGCAACCAAGCACGUUAAGGGACAUGAGUGACCAUGCACCUGGUAGUCUGACAUUUUUCUUCCGUAAAGGUUCUUCAGAUGUGGAGACAAGCCAGGAAAUCCUUGCAUCUAAGGCCUGUGACACUCCAGACCAGCGGGGAGUGAUACCCCAGAGCCUGAAAGACGGAUUGUCAAGAGCAAUAGCUGCCCCUGAGCUCUUGGCCUGUGAUGUCCAGGAAGAAUGGCUAGACAGCAGAGUGGAGGUAGAACUGCAGCCACAACUCAUGUCUUUGACACUGCCAAUUAACAAAGGCAAAGACGAGGAAGAAACCUUCCCAGACACCUCAACCAGCAGAGGACUUUGGCCUCUCUGUGAAAAGCACCCUGGUGAGACCGACCAGUCGGAGGGCCAUGGAAGCGAACUCCUCAUGCAGGAGAAACAGCUGCAGUUGGAAGACACACAAGAACAUCAAGGGCAAGAAAGCCUCCUCCAACCUCCAGAGGCCCUGGGACUGGAGAAGCAGGAAGGACAGGAAGUAGAAAUUCAGGAGGAAGUAACUCUGAGGGAAGACACUCGUUUUGAUGGGCGUCUGGGGGAGCAGGAGGAAGCAGGGGAGGAAGUUAAUGGUGAUGAGGAAGAAGGGAAGCAGGAACAGGUCCAAAACCAGGUGCUGCUUGGAGGACAAAGGGAAAGUGAGGGGCUCAGUGGGGACUUAGGAGGCCUGAAUGGUAGUGAGUGGGAUCAAGCAGACAGGGAAAGGAGGGGUCAUGCUCAGAGAGAUUCUGAAGAGGAAGGGCAGGACUGGGAAUUAAGGGAGAUGGAAGAGAGCAGGGUAGACUGUCAGUAUGCAGAGAAUCAGAGGUUAGUGGAGACAUCGGAGGAUGGAAGUAGAAAGCAGGAAGAUCAUGACCAAACAGGGAAAGUGAUGCCACCAGGGGACCAGCAGGAGGUUGUAGACUCAGGAGAUGGGGAGCAGGGGACUGGGAAUAGGGGUAGACAGACAACAGGGGAAGGGAGGAAGACAGAAGAGGACAGCAAACUUUGUCCUCCAAUGGCUCUAGUGGCUCCUGAGGUUCGCUCUUUAGGUACAUUGUUUCCAGAGUCCUCUCACUCUAUGGCUGAUGAUGUUCCUGGGAUUCAGCGGGAGCCUGCACCUGAGGAACCGGCCCCCCCAGCUCUGCCUCCUGCACUGGAGUCAAGAGAGUGCUCCUCCCAACCCAUUUCUUCACCUGCCUCUUUUGCUACUGAAGAAUCCCUUGGUAAUCGGACUCACAGCAGCCAGCAAGAAGGAUUCAGGCCGAGGAAGGGGACAUUGUCUACCCAGGAGACUGGGGUUGUCUCUGCUGGAACAGCAGUGAAUCCUUCAGGGGUACCAUGUUCACCUCCUCUCAUUCCUGCCAGGGCCUUCCCCAUCACUGACACCUUGUCACCUGUUAGCUCUCCAGUUGUCCUUCCUGGGAAGGACACCCUAGCAGCCUCCCUCUCAAAUGACACUCCACCUCAUUGCGGGGCGUGUGAGACUCCUCCAGUACCUGCCAAACUCACCAAGAACCCCCACUUCACCUCUGACAAGGCCAACCCCCUCAGCCCUCUCAGCAGCUCCAAUGGGGUCACCCAACAUCUAAGAAGCAACUCAUUUCCAGGCUCUCACAGGACAGAGCAAACUCCAGACUUUGAGAGAAUGUCACUUGCUUUCUCCCAUUCGGAACUACCGCAGCGGCCCCCCAAACCCGCCAUCUAUGGCUCUGUGAUUCCAAGAAGGGACAGAAGAAGUAGGGAUGGCAUCAUCUUUUCAGAAUCCUCCACUGCUUUUUCCCCUUGCAGGCGGCAGGACUCUGAAGAGUUCACUCCAGAUACAGAGAGGUCCUGCAAUCCUCAUGGUAGUCAGCCACAGGGCUCCCCACAGAACUCAGCCUUUGCUGUAGGCUCUCCUGUGAAUGUUUCCUCUCCACACACUGUCUCCAUGGAUACGAGGGUACAUGAAGCUUCUCCUCCUCCUCCCCCACAAAAGAGACAUAGCUACAGUUCCACAGGAGAGAGAGACGGCCUUCUUCAUGCCGAAGCCCCCACGCUGAAACGGCAUAGUCAUCCUCCAUUGGCCCCAAGUUCAGGGUGCCAUGGAUCUGCUACAGGCACACUUCCCGUAGUUCUUGACUCUGUUGUGGCAAGGCAGCACCGCCCUCUGCCAUCCACCCCAGGAAGCCCCCACCAUACGCAGACCUAUACCCCUUCCAGGCUGAGAUACAACAAACCGUUACCCCCAACUCCUGAUAUGCCUGAGCCCGGGCAGUCUCCCAUCUCUUCUGCUAAUAUCUCAAGGAUGUACAGGCCUCUACCCCCAGUCCCUAUCCUAGACCCUUCCUCUGAACCACCCCCAUUACCCCCAAAGUCCAGGGGGAGAAGCCGGAGUAUCCAGGGAGGGGUAAUACAUUCAAGGGGUCAGGGCACUCUGAGACCCACUGGCCAAGAAUGGAUAGCCUCCACUCUCUCUGCUGGACGGACCUCCUGGCCUCCAGCCACAAGCAGAUCAACAGAAUCUUUGGCUUCCACCAGUAAGAGUAAUAGUGAAGGGUCCCCUGGCCUGGCUUUCAGCAACAUGACAAACCUUCUAAGUCCCUCAUCUCCCACCACUCCCUGGAUCCCGGAACUUCAGAGACCCACCAGUAAGGAUGAGUCAGGGCUCACUGAAGUGUCUGAGACUCCAAUGAGAGGAUCGUUUAGAAGAGCAGCCCCUCAGGAGGGAUGUAAUGACCCAAGGAGGUCAGCUCUAGGACCAGGAAAGCAGUCAGAAAAGCCCAUCCAUCACCAACUCGAGAAGGCAUCCAGCUGGCCCCACAGACGGGACCCAGUGAGAACAUCAGAGAAUAGCAGUGCACAGAUUGUCCUGGGCCAGCCACCCAACAAGCACAAAGGCUGGAGCCGGCAAGGCCUGCGUAGACCUUCUAUUCUGCCUGAGAGCUCUUCAGAUUUAAGAAGUCCAGGUGUGGGAAGACCUUCGGAUUCUGUUGUUUUCCGGGAGAAGAAACUAAAGGACGGGAUGGGAGGUUUUUCAAGACGUGGCUCCAAGCUCAUCUACCACUGCCAGGUACUUUAUCAGGAGUACAGCGAUGAUGUGCUGAACAAGGAGAUCCAGAGCCAGCAGCGGCUAGACAGCCUGCCUGAGGCACCUGGGAUCUUUUCCCCGCAGCAGCGUCGAAAGGCACUGGUGUCUUCAGACUCCUACCUCCAGCGCCUCUCCAUGGCCUCCAGCAGCUCCCUCUGGCAAGAAAUCCCGGUGGUGCGCAAUAGCACGGUGCUGCUCUCCAUGACCCACGAAGAUCAAAAACUGCAAGAGGCCAAGUUCGAGCUGAUUGUGUCUGAGGCAUCUUACCUGCGCAGUCUAAACAUAGCUGUGGAUCAUUUCCAGCACUCAGCCCAACUGCGGGCCACCCUGUCCACCCAGGAUCACCAGUGGCUCUUCUCUCGUUUGCAGGAUGUACGAGAUGUCAGCACCACGUUCCUUUCAGACCUAGAAGAAAACUUUGAGAACAACAUCUUCUCCUUCCAAGUGUGUGAUGUUGUCUCGAGUCAUGCCCCGGCCUUCCGCCGCGUCUACCUGCCUUACGUCACCAACCAGACCUAUCAGGAGCGCACCUUCCAAAGCCUAAUGAAUGGCAACAGCAGUUUCCGUGAUGUCUUGGAGAAGCUGGAGAGUGACCCCAUCUGCCAACGCCUUUCUCUCAAGUCCUUCCUGAUACUGCCCUUCCAGCGAAUCACCCGUCUCAAGCUGCUGCUCCAGAACAUUCUGAAGAGAACCCAGCCUGGCUCCUCAGAAGAGGCAGAGGCCACAAAGGCACACCAUGCCCUGGAGAAGCUGAUCCGAGACUGCAACAGCAAUGUGCAGAGCAUGCGGCGGACAGAGGAGCUCAUUUAUUUGAGCCAGAAGAUCGAGUUUGAGUGCAAAAUUUUCCCACUUAUUUCACAAUCUCGAUGGCUGGUGAAGAGUGGGGAGCUAACGGCCCUUGAGUUCAGUGUCUCCCCAGGGCUGAGAAGAAAACUGACCACUCGCCCAGUCCACCUUCAUCUCUUCAAUGACUGUCUGUUGCUGUCCCGGCCCCGAGAGGGCAGCCGGUUCCUGGUAUUCGACCAUGCUCCGUUCUCCUCCAUCCGAGGGGAAAAGUGUGAGAUGAAGCUGCACGGACCUCACAAAAACCUCUUCCGUCUCUUUCUGCUGCACAACGCACAGGGCACCCAAGCUGAGUUCCUCUUCCGCACUGAGACUCAAAGUGAAAAACUUCGGUGGAUCUCAGCUUUGGCCAUGCCUAGAGAAGAGUUGGACCUGCUUGAGUGUUAUGACUCUGCACAGGUUCAGUGCCUGCGCGCCUACAAGCCCCGGGAGAACGAUGAGUUGGCACUGGAGAAGGCGGAUGUGGUGAUGGUGACUCAGCAAAGCAGUGAUGGCUGGCUGGAGGGUGUGAGACUCUCAGACGGUGAGCAGGGCUGGUUCCCUGUGCAACAAGUAGAGUUCAUUUCAAACCCAGAGGUCCGUGCUCAGAACCUCAAGGAAGCCCAUCGAGUCAAGACUGCCAAGCUACAGCUGGUAGAACAGCCGGUCUAAGUAUCCUUGGUGAGGAAUCUUCUGAGCUCAUGAACAAGCGUUCCUGGAGACGGCUGGCCGCAGAAACCUGCUGCAGAGGCCUUCUGUGGACCAGGAACGCUGUCUUCUGAAAGCCCUGGACCAGCUCAGGCCCUUGUUCCAGUAUUUCUUUGCAUUUUGUGUUCGGUAGGGAAUAUGGGGUGACUUCACACUGGAUUCUGGGAUGCUUUCUUCAUAGGAAAAGGGACUGUGGGGCUUGAGCCUAGGCACUGUUCUUCCCACCACCAGAUGGGACUUGUACAUCGUCUGCUGCCGCAGUGCAC